GCGCUGCUCUGUAUAAGUCGGACAGUUAAUGCAUGCCACGCAAAACAUCAUUUUCCGCUAUGCGUGUUCUAAAAAGGGCAGCAGUUACCAAGGUGCUGACUUUGUGCCUCGACGUUCAAUUAUCUGGCAUUUCUUCCAUCCCGCUAUCUCGACUCUUGAUUCUACGAAACGACCUCCCGUAUCGCGCACCGGGCGACGUGUGGCUGAGAUACCUCCUAUCAGAAGCGGGUCUGUACUUUCCGCUAUGAGACAGAUUGCUGCUGGCUUACAUCAAACUAUUCACGUCGUGUCUAGGUAAUCAGUGCACCCCGGACAGACCCGCAGCAUUGAAGAAAGCGGGUGAGCUGUUUAUUUUGUCCCAGUGAGGAGUCCGAUCCGCUGGCUUCUUUUUCGUCCGAAGCACUGGAUUGUGGAUACGUGCGCGCGAACGACUCCUUUCUUCAACACAGACGAUUUCUUAACGCAGAAACGAAGACCUUUCUCCCUGUCACCAGGAAGAUGAAGCCGACGGGCUGCCAGUACCGCAUGACGGGCUUUGGCGAUUUCCUGGAAUGGCGCACUCUGCGAUUCGCCGAACCCUUGCCCAAGAUCCGGGUGUGCGCGCUGUGCGGCGUCGUGGCCUCCGUGCUCAAGUUGCUUCCCUGCACCCACGUCCUGUGCGAGUCCUGCGAGGGCCAAGCCGUGGACAGGGAUCGCGUCUGUCCCAUAGAGGGCGCCAGCUUCGACGGCGAAGACGUGCAGACCAUGCCGUUUCCGCGGCGCGACCUCGGCGAGCGCCGGGUGUUCUGCUUUAACAACACCGGCGACGGCGAAGGGUGCGACUUCUCCGGGAAGCUGGAAGAGAUGGAGCAGCACUUCGUGGUGGACUGCUUCCACGGUCGCGUGCAGUGCUCAAAGUGCGCGGGCGAGGUCGCCCGCAAGGACGUCUUCGAGCAUUACGUCGGAUGUGCGGGUGGCGACGACUGGAGGUACGGCGCGGGCUUAGUCUGACAUCGUCAUCGUCACCAUUCGUGAAAUCUACCUGAUUUACGCGUGCGGCACCAGGAAGCGCGGCUCGCGGUACAAGCCCGCCUGUGGCGUAGACUGGUGGCGUAAAAUGAAAGCUGCCGUUUCGCUUCGCUCUUCCCACGAGCUGGGAAUUCUGUGAUUGUGUAAUUUUGUAAAUUCUGUAAGUUUACGCCUAGUGGACUCUCCAUUUCGGCGGCCGCUGAUUGGCUGGAGCUGAACUAGCGAGAAGGAAACUGGCUGUGGGCGCCUUUUUCUUUCUCGGUGCUACUACAUAUCAGCCGAUCAGCACUUCAGCAGCAGACAAAAUGGACGUGUCCACUACUAGGUGUACAUUUCCAGAAUACCAACCCUGGUUCUGAUUGGGCACUUUGCGCACCUUUGCGCGGCUCCUGAUUGAACGCACAGUCACUUCAGCAACAGUGGCGAUACGGACCGCUUUAUCGCGCAAAAUGGCGAAGCUUCAUUUUGCGCCGCCCCACUACGUCACCAGGGGGCUUGCACCGCAAGCCGCGUUUCGCGGCUCCGCGGGAACACUGCAUAAGGAGGUGAACUUAACACAUGAUUUGACGGCAGUUAUUGUGAUCUUCAUGGGCGUUCUUGAAAUGUUUUAAACUUUUAUGGCGAUUCCCUGUAACUUUAUAAUGUAUGCAUGCGCCGUAGAGCUUGUAAUCGAAAAGGUAACUGAUGU